AUGAAGCUGCAGGCUGUGAUGGAGACGCUCCUGCAGCGGCAGCAGCGGGCACGCCAAGAACUGGAGGCCCGGCAGCCACCUCCGCCCUCUGAACCUCCAGCCCGUACCAGGGCCACUCCGGAGGAGGACAGGGAGCCUGAGAGCGCCCGGAUGCAGCGGGCGCAGAUGGCCGCCCUGGCCGCCAUGCGAGCUGCUGCCGCCGGCCUUGGCCACGCACCCAGUCCCAGCUCGGAGGAUGGGCCCCCUGGCUCGGAGGAUGAAGAUGCGGCCCUGGAGGGGGCACCGGGCUCGCCCACCCCACCUGGCCGAGGCAGGGAGGCAGCCAGCCUCCCCAUGGGCGAUGGCCGCUUUGAGGAUGCAGGCUCCGACGAUGACCUGAAGCCAAAAUGGGAGGAGGAGGAGGAAGAGGAGGAGGAGCUGGAGGAAGACCUGGGAGACGACGAAGAGGACGAGGAGGAUGAGGACUACGAGGACGAGGAGGGGCUUGGGCCCCCGGGCGCCACCAGCCUGGGCCCCGCAGCGCUGUUCCCCCGCAAGGCUCAGCCGCUCCAGGCCUUCCGUGGUGACAGUGGAUCCCGGGCGCUCGGUGGCCAGGAGCGCCCGGGGACUGGCCCAGCUGUCCCCGGAGGGGCUGCCCAUGCUGCACCUCAGCUGCAGCCACCAGACCACGGGGACUGGACAUAUGAAGAGCAGUUCAAGCAGCUCUAUGAACUGGAUGCAGACCCCAAGAGGAAGGAGUUCCUGGACGACUUGUUCAGUUUCAUGCAGAAGCGAGGGACACCUGUGAACCGCAUCCCCAUCAUGGCGAAGCAGGUGCUCGACCUGUUCAUGUUGUACGUGCUGGUGACAGAGAAGGGCGGCCUGGUGGAGGUCAUCAACAAGAAGCUGUGGCGAGAGAUCACCAAGGGACUGAACCUGCCCACGUCCAUCACCAGCGCUGCCUUCACGUUGCGCACCCAGUACAUGAAGUACCUGUACCCCUACGAGUGUGAGAAGCGUGGCCUCAGCAACCCCAACGAGCUCCAGGCAGCCAUCGACAGCAAUCGGAGGGAGGGCCGGCGCCAGAGCUUUGGGGGCUCCCUCUUUGCCUACUCGCCGGGCGGGGCCCACAGCAUGCUGUCCUCGCCCAAGCUGCCUGUGUCCUCCCUGGGCCUGGCCGCCAGCACCAACGGCAGCUCCAUCACCCCAGCCCCCAAGAUCAAAAAAGAGGAGGAUGCAGCCAUGCCCAUCACAGUCCCCGGCCGCCUACCAGUCUCCCUGGCAGGUCACCCAGUGGUGGCGGCCCAGGCAGUAGCAGCCCAAGCGGCCGUGGCAGCACAGGCGGCUGCCCUGGAGCAGCUUCGGGAGAAACUGGAGUCUGGGGAGCCUCCUGAGAAGAAGAUGGCUCUGGUGGCAGAGGAGCAGCAGCGGCUGAUGCAGCGGGCACUUCAGCAGAACUUCCUGGCCAUGACGGCACAGCUGCCUAUGAGCAUCCGGAUCAACAGCCAAGCCUCCGAGAGCCGCCAGGACUCGGCUGCGAACCUGACCAGCACCAACGGCAGCAACAGUAUUAGCAUGUCAGUAGAGAUUAAUGGAAUCAUGUACACAGGAGUGCUGUUUGCCCAGCCACCGGCCCCCACGCCACCCUCCGCUCCCAGCAAAGGUGGAGGCAGCAGCAGCCGGGGCGGAAACAGCGGGACCAACAGCAGCAGCAGCAGCAGUGCAGGCAGCCAGGCAGGGCCGGCGGGGAUGUCUGCACCCCCCACAUCUACCUCAAACAACUCAUUGCCUUAA